AUGUAUCACGGAGGAACUAAUUUCGGACGAUCAGCUAGAGGACCAUUCAUUACUAUGAGAUAUGACUAUGAUGCUCCAAUUGACGAAUACAGUUUGUUAAGGGAACCUAAAUAUUUUCAUUUGAAGGAUCUUCAUCAAGCUAUCAAGCAAUGUGAACAUGCUUUUGUUUCUUCGAAUCCUACUGUUACAUUGUUAGGAACAUACGAACAGUCACAUGUAUUCUCUUAA